AUGGCCGAGCCGACUGCAACCAAUUUAAUUUCAUCGGCCGGGAAUCUCCAAAGCUUUUCGUGCGUGACCUGCCGGCAGCGCAAAGUCAAAUGCGACCGGCACUCUCCCUGCACCAACUGCGUCCGUGCAGAGAAGCAGUGCAGCUUUGUGGCCCCGGUGCGCGGGAGGCGAAAGAGAACCAAGCCUCCGAAGGAAGGUCUGCAUGAGAGGCUGAAGCGGUAUGAGGAGCUCUUGUGUGCCUACGGCCACAAGGUCGAGCCAUCCGACGAUGCUGACGACGGGCAUGAAUAUGACGACGACAACGGCAACGGCAAAGGCGUGGCUGACCUGGACAGGACAUCCCACGAUCCCGAUGCUGCCACGGAUUCGCCGGGCCAGGAUGUACAUCGUCUAGUUAGUUCCAAAGGGUCCGAACCAAGGCUCUUGACAAACAAAGCUGCGUCGCGGUAUUUUGACAGCGCACCUUGGUCAAACAUGGGACCACAGUUUCACCAUCCAGAAGUCGCUGGUAUCGGAACACCCACGGACGACCUCAAUCUUGACGAAAGCGGCAUGUUCUUCGAGCCUACGGAUAACUCCACUCUUCACGACCUCAUUGGUGUCUAUCCACCCCUUUCCUUGCUGCAGAAGAUCAAAGGCGUCUAUCUCGAUCGCUUCGACCCAAUGAUGAAGAUCCUGCACAUGCCUUCUCUAUGGGCCUCGAUACACCAGCGCUUGUCUCAGGGUCAGCGCCUCCCCAAAGAAGAGGAGGCCGUUAUGUUUGCAAUAUGCCUUGCGGCCGUCACCACACUUGGAGAAGACGAGUGCCAGAGAGUGCUCGAGGGCGCCAGACCUGCCCUGUAUUCGCGGUACAGAAUCGCCACGCGGCAGGCACUGACCAACGCGGGCUUCAUGUCAACGUCCAGUCCGAUGACCCUCCGGGCUUACGUUCUCUUCUUGACGUGUGUAAAGGAGAGAUACCGGGUUGACACGAUCUUCGUCAUGUCCGGGAUUGCCAUCCGUAUCGCGCGCAGGAUGGGGCUUCACCGCGACGGCGAAGCACUCGGGCUCUCGCCUUUUGAGACCGAGAUGCGGCGGCGACUUUGGUGGCAUAUCGUGCAGAUAGAUGUUCGCCUCUCCGGUGUUCUGGGCACCAGGCCCUCUCUUGACGCCUGUACUGCCGACACCAAGGUGCCCUUGAAUGUGUUCGACCGAGACCUCCAUCCCGACAUGACCGAGUUCCCUGAAGAGCGCCCUGGCAUCACAGAAGUCACUUUCUGCCUCGUGAAGUGCGCCAUACUCGAGGUCCUCCGCAGCUUCACGCCCUUCGAUCCCGGCGAUCUGCGAUGGGAGGCUCUCUGCAAUUCAGACAUGACUCUCGCACAGAAGGACAGCAUGAUCAAGGAGUACGAGGACAGCAUGGAGAAGAGGUUCCUGCGCUACUGCGACCCCGCGAGCUCCCUGGACGCCUUCGUGCUGAUCACGCUGCGCUCGGGCAUCAACAAGAUGAGGCUCUUCGCCCACGACCCGCGGCAGUUCGCCGGGGCUGCCGGCGGCGAGGUGCCGCAGAGCGAGCGCGACCUCAUCUUCGCCAACGCCAUGAAGCAGCUCGAGUACAUCACGCUGACGAGGGGCGGGCACCAGGGCCUGGAGAAGUACAUGUGGCACCACGGGACCAACUUCCUCUGGAACGCCAUCCUCUACGCGCUCAUCGAGGCGCGGCGCCGCCGGACGGGGCCCGAGGUCGACAGGGUGUGGGAGCUGAUCGGCCGGGUCUUCUCGUACUACCCCCAGAUGUUUGAGGAGUCGGCCGGCGCCGUCUACAAAGCCCUCGGCGCCUGGACGCUGGAGGUCUGGGGCGAGUACGUUGCUGCUGCUGCGGCCGAGGGGCUUCCGGAACCACCUGCGCCGUACUAUAUCACUGCGAUUCGUCAAUGUCGAAAUCCAGAUGCCGGGACCGGAGAAGAUGACUCGAUGCAGAAGGCCAGACCCGCUACUGCUGGACAGGUUUCGACUGAUGACCAUGACGUGCUGGAAGGCGAAGACGCCGUCGCCAGCUUGGGUGCGACCGAACCCUUCACGUUUCCCGAUCUCUUGACCUUUAAUGCCGACCCAAGCGAAUGGGAACAAUGGGAACAAUUAUUGGUAGAUCAGGAUGGUACGUACAGAGGUAUGAUCUUCUAG